AUGUCCAAGAAAUAGAGUAUAUAAUUAGCACCUGUCAGGAAAAUUACAGUGAAUAUCUCUCUGAAGUAGCAGUCAUGAAUAGUAACACAGGGGAGGAACAAGUGAGAUUUAUAAAAACUUUUAAUUUGAGCUCAAAACAGAAGUCAGAACUGAUUAAGAAUAAUGGGAAGUCCUUAGGGAUGAGGACAAAAAAGUUCACUGGGUGUCAGAACAUGAGUGUCUACAGUGAACCUGGUAAGAUGUAUGCUGCAUAUAGUCCUGGUGUGACUCCUGUUGUUGAAGAAUGUAGACAAUGUGAAAACUCUCUUACCCAUACCCAGAGGACACACCUUACUGUCCCUCAGAGAACACACACAGGAGAGAUACCUUAUGAAUGUAACAUGUGUGGAAAAUCUUUCACCAAGAAAGCAAAGCUUACUGUCCAGCAGAAUAAACAAACAGGAAAGAAACCAUAUGAAUGUAACAUGUGUGGAAAGUCUUUCCCUAAGAAGGUACAACUUACUGUCCACCAGAGAACACACACAGGAGAGAAACCUUAUAAAUGUAAUGUGUGUAGAAAGUCUUUCACACAGAAGUCAAACCUUACUGUCCACCAGGGAAUACAUACAGGAGAGAAACCUUAUAAAUGUAGCAUGUGUGGAAAAUCUUUCACCUGGAAGUCAUCCCUUACUGUCCACCAGAGAAUACACACAGGAAACAAACCAUAUGAAUGUAAUGUGUGUGGAAAGUCUUUCACCCAGAAGGAACACCUUACUCCCCACCAGAGAACACACACAGGAGAGAGACCUUAUGGAUGUAAUUUGUGUGGAAAGUCUUUCACUCAUAAGUCAAACCUUACUGUCCACCGGAGAAGACACACAAGAGAGAAACCUUAUGAAUGUAACAUGUGUGGAAUGUCUUUUGUCUGGAAGUCAAGCCUUAUUGUCCACCAGAAAGCACAUACAGGAAAGAAACCUUAUGAAUGUAACUUGUGUGGAAAGUCUUUCACCCAGAAAUCAAACCUUACUGUCCACCAGAGAACACACACAAGAGAGAAACCUUAUGAAUGUAACAUGUGUGGAAAGUAUUUCAGACAGAAGUCAAACCUUACUGUCCACCAGAGAACACACACAGGAGAGAAACCUUAUGAAUGUAACACCUGUGGAAAGUCUUUCACUUGGAAGUCAAUCCUUACUAAACACCAGAGAACACACACAGGAGAGAAACCUUAUGAAUGUAACACCUGUGGAAAGUCUUUCACCUCAAAGGCUAACCUUGCUGGCUACCAGAAAACACACACAAGAGAAAAAUCUUAUGAAUAUAACAUGUGUGGAAAAUAUUUCACCUGGAAUUCAAACUUCACUGUCCAUCAAGCAACACACACGGGAGAGAAACCUUAUGAAUGUAAUAUGUGUGGAAAGUCUUUCACCCAGAAGCUUCACCUUACUCUCCACCAGAAAACACACAGAAUACACAUAGGAGAGAAACCUUAUGAAUGUAAUGUGUGUGGAAAUUCUUUCACCUCAAAGUCAAACCUUACUGUCCACCAGAGAACACACAGGAGUGAAAGUUCAAAAAU